UUUUUUUUUUUUUUUUUUUUUAAUCCUGAUUAAGCUAAAAAUGACAAAUACAGUCUCUUCAACGUUAGAUCGUCUUAGAAUUUUAAUAACAAAUCUUGAAAAUAUUCCACCAUAUAACAUACGUUCACCAUCAAAUCAACCUUGUAGAGCGAGCGUAGCGAUAAUAAUUCGUAUUAGACCUAACAAUUUAUCUCACGAUAAUAAUAAUAAGUUUGAUUUCGCCGAAUCCUCUACAAAUAAAUCUUUACAAAGUGAAGGAAUCAAUAAUGAACAAAAGACAAAUUUGGAAGAUUUUUGGGAAUUACCAUGGGUAAAAGAUGGUGAACCGGAAAUUUUGUAUGUAAAAAGAGCUUUAAGGGAAGGUGAUCGAUGGAGUGGUCAAAUUGCUUUUCCUGGAGGUAAACAAGAUAAAACGGAUUUUGAUGAUUUGGAUACAGCUGAAAGAGAAACAUUUGAAGAAGUUGGAUUAGAUAUUGGAAACCGAGAAUUAUUUUUGUGUGUUGGAGCUUUGGAUGAAAGAGAGAUAACUUCAACUUUUGGCAAAAAUUUAUUAAUGGUUCUUUGUCCUUUUGUAUUUUUGCAACUUACAAAAGAGACUCCACCUAUUGAAAUUUCUGGAUCAGAAAUAGCAUCAACUCAUUGGAUACCACUUUCAAUAUUCUUCGAUCUCAAUAUUACACAAAAAUGGGAUCCGGUAUCAAUAGAUUUAUCAUCAAGAUUAGCACCGAAUUCUUGGAUCUUACAGAAUAUAUUCAAGACGCUUAUAGGGAGAAUGCAUUUUCAUUGUAUUGGACUGCCUUAUAGUGAUGUGGAUGGAAUAACGACGAAAAAAUUAAAAUUAUGGGGAAUAACGCUACAAGUGACGAGUGAUUUAAUAGACGUGAUGUAUUGGCAAAAUGAAAUACCACCUCGAAGGUUAGAUGCUAAAAGGCCGAAAUUUGAUUAUUGGGACAUGAAUUUUUUCGUAUGGUUUUUUUUAAGAAAUAAUCGUAAGAAUUAUAAAAGAAGAAUGUCCGAUUUAAAAACACGAAGAAAAAUUUGGGCAGAAGGUUGGCGUGAAUAUUUUACGGCGACAAAAAAAUCUUGUAUCAUAGCUACUAUUAUUAGAACUUUAUUUGCUUUAUUAUUAAUUAGAAAAUUACCACGUAUAAUUUUUAUUAUCGAGAAGAAAAUAAUUAAUUUUACAAAAAGAAUUGAAUGAUCAAAUGGACUAAAAUUCAACCAUUUAAAAAUAAAAAAGAUAUUACAAUCAAUACAUUUAUGAUAAUUAAAAGUUUGAUUAUCCAUCAAUGCCCA